AUGGCACGCAUCACCAUGCUCCCCCUCCUAGCUACCCUCCUCCUCAUCUCCUCCGUCUCCGCACAAUUCGAUUUCUUCAACAUGUUCAACAACGGCCAACAAAACCAAGCGCAACACCGUCAAGACCCCCAAAACGUGCCCUCCGACUCCGCCUGGUACCAGCAAAACUACGACGCGGCACGCUGCACCAACUACCUAUGCCCAGACACGCUCGCCUGCGUGCACUUCCCGCACCAUUGCCCAUGUCCGCACCCAGCGGUGGAGGAGAAGUUUGAGUUGGGCGAGGGGCGCGCUGUGUGUGUUAGUAAGGGGGGUUUUAAGGAGGGGGAGGCGGGGAGGAAGAUUGAGCUAGCUAGGAAGGGGUUGAUAUGA